UGCAGUAGCAUUAAGUCAAUCGCACUUUCAGAUGAACGUCUUCAGGAAAAGUUCAGGAGAUACAGCAGCACGAGAGUUCGACAAGAGCCCUCAGACUGAAGUCUUUAAACCUGUGCUGAUGGAACCCUUUGAGAAGAAGCAGCGAUACUUCGAUCCUUGGCGAGAUUACCUGGGCCUCGCGGACAUGGUGACCACAAUGCAGACGUCCAGCUUGAGAAAGCUUCCUGAAGGUCCCCCUACAAAAGACUCCAGGAGUGUUUGGAACAACUGCCUACUGCAACAUUCGUGUUCAUCAUCAAUGCCACUGUCCUCAUCAUCUCCACUGCAUGGAAAUCCUCCAAACUGCAUAAGGUUCACGACUCAAACGUCACAAUCAGCUAUAGGGAGUGAGCGAACUGCUGGCUACAGCAGCUUUACUUCCUCUAGCGGAGUUUCCACCUCCAGCUGGAUGACGUCACCAGAAGAUCAGGAUGAAAAUAUGAUAAGCAAUCACCACUCACCAUCAUGGGAUCCUGUUUCCUUCUUCCCGAUUUCUUCUCCAGCCAGAAAGAGCAAGCAGACGUCUCGUAACCAUGAGAUGUCUCCAGGCGACGUUUUCUGGAACCACCAACCAGCCAAAUGUGAAGAGCAAGGUUACAUUCAGAACUCAAAUCCACCUGGAACAGGUUCCUCUUUCUACAGGAAAUCUUCACCAGCCAACAAAAGCGAGAAAAUGUCUGUUAACAGCUCCAGAUCAUCAAGCAGCAUUUCCUCCUCGUCUCCAGAGAGGAAGCAGCACUGCAGUUUCUGCAAGCAUAACGGCGAGGCGGAAAGCGUCUACACCUCCCACCGGCUGAAGGAUCGCAGCGGUUGCGUGAUCUGCCCGUACCUACGUCGCUACGCGUGCCCACAGUGCGGCGCAACAGGGGCGAGUGCGCAUACCCGCCGCUUCUGCCCCCUGGUGGACAGCACGUACAGCUCGGUAUACGCCCGGCCAGAGGGAAAAGACAAGAAAAGGCAAAAGUAGCGAGACAAGAAAUGUGGAUAUGGUGCGGAAAACACGAAAAGGAGAGCAAAACUAGGUAAUCCAGUAGGUUUGAGUUCCACCUAUUGGAGCGACUUAAUUGGGUUAUCUAAAAGAAAAGUAACACAGGACUAACAAUUCAAAAGAAACAAAUUUGACCACAAAUCUUUGAAAAGAUUUCCCCUUCAAAGAAAAGCUAAUGUGAUCCAAACACUUGAUGGAGACCAUUACUUUUAAGAUGUUAAAUGGUAAAUAAAUGCUCUUAGGUUGUUGUUAGAAAAAUGGUAACUGUUAACUGGUUUUGCUGUGAAAUAUAUUAUAUUAUAUUGACAUUACACUAACAUAAAAUUACAGUUUGCUUGAUGAUUCAGAUGUGAUUGGUCAGCCCAGCACAGUGUUAGCCCAACAUUAACUUAAGCUUCUUUAAUAUGUGAAGCCACCAAUUAAAGUAAUUCUGUUGGUGUAGUAUAUUGAAUUUCUGUGGUGUAGCCCACACAUCUGAAUCGAGCCAAUUUCAGUACAUAAUUUGUUAGUGUAUACUUAACUUACUAUACUUUCCAAGUCCGUUUCCUAGACCCAGAUUAAAGGAAUUGUUUGGCGAAAAAAAAAAUGAUUGCAAAUUGACCCCAGAUGCGGUUGAUCAACCAUAACAUAUCUGACAUAUUGGCUCAGUCAUCAGCAGCCAGAGUCAGAGCGAGCACAGUUAACUGGCCAUGCUGUUUGUCUCUGGGUGGGCAGGUAUCUGUGAUGCAGGUCAUCACAGGCAUCUGUUAGCUGAUGUAU